AUGCCGUUCAUGCACGGAUCGAUGCCGCUACGGCGGACAUUCUUCUAUCUCCAACAAGGAAAAGUGAAGUUCCGUGACAAUGUGAACGUCUUCGCCAUGGGGUUCCAUCGAAAUCCCAACGAACAACAAUCGGGAACCCGAGAUUUCGUCUAUUGGCACUGGGCGCAACUACAAUAUCACAAUCCAAAAGUGCAGCUGGUCAAACAUGCGGAUAAAGUGAUCACACCAUUUGCCAGAGCAUAUUUGAAUGACGGUCGCGAAGUGCUCUUCGACUUGGACGGUAUGCGACGGGAGGAAAUCGAACAGACACUGGCGAAAACAUUGGGAAAGACCGAGUUGGUGGCGAGAAGAGAGCAUUUGGAGAGCAUCGCCAAGAUGAAUCCAGCAGAUUUCGGUUCGAAAAAUGAGAGACAGUGCAUGUGUGAAGUGCAAGGCCAACAUCCGUGCACCUCCCUUCUCCGAGCGCCCAAAUGUAUGACCGGAAAGCAACGAUGGAAUCAUAAUCUUAUUUAA